AUGAUAGCUACUGCUGAGACCUUUUCGUUUGGUCAUAUAGCCUACCUGGUUUUCGAAUCAGUUUUACAAGUUGUUAUUAUUGCAUUAGCCGGGUUUUGGAGUUCAUACGCCGGUUUACUUCCGAAAAAUGCUCAAAAGAUAAUCUCUGCGAUCAAUGUUGAUCUUUUCACACCAUGUCUGAUCUUCAGUAAACUUGCGAGGUCAUUGUCAAUGGCCAAGAUUUUGGAAAUCGCUGUUAUUCCAUUUUUCUUUGCAAUUACAACGGGUAUUUCGUGGUUCUCUGGGAGAUUAAUGGCUAAAUUCUUCCGUUUGGAUAAAGAUGAGACUAAUUUUGUUGUGGCCAACUCGAUCUUUGGUAAUAGUAAUUCUUUACCUGUUUCUUUGACUCUAUCUUUGGCUUAUACAUUGCCCGGUUUGACUUGGGAUCAAAUUCCUAAUGAUAGUAGGGACAAUGUAGCUUCAAGAGGUAUUUUGUACCUGUUGAUCUUUCAACAAAUUGGUCAAAUGUUAAGAUGGAGUUGGGGUUACAACGUUUUGUUAAGGUGGUCUGGUGAGAAUCCUGAAAAUAUGCCACCUUCGCAAAUUGCAGCCCGUUUGGAGGAGUCUAGAGCUAGUGAAGCUACUUCAGAGUCUGCUGUUUCGUACACUGGGGUAGGAAACAGUUUGCUUUCUUCCAAUUCAUGGUGGUCCAAAGUUUUCGAUAAAGCUGCGGCCUUUGUCGCUGGUGUGAGAAGUUAUUUGAAUCCACCUCUUUACUCAAUGAUUAUCUCCGUAAUAGUUGCGUCGAUCCCACCGGUUCAACACGAACUUUUCCACAAGGAUGGGUUUAUCAAUAACACCUUUUCGGAGGCUAUCAUCCAAUUGGGGUCUGUGUCUAUCCCACUUAUCAUUAUCGUGUUGGGUUCCAAUCUAUUCCCAUCGGAUGAAACUUUCAGAAAAACACACAAGCAUAAUAAACUAGUCAUUGGAUCUAUUGUCGGUCGUAUGAUCCUACCGUCAUGUUUCCUACUGCCCAUAAUCGCUGUCGCUGUCAAAUACAUUAACGUCAGUAUCCUAGAUGAUCCGAUCUUCUUAGUGGUCGGUUUCCUGUUGACCGUUUCCCCGCCAGCUAUUCAAUUGACUCAGAUUACUCAAAUCAAUGAGUUUUUCGAAGCUGAAAUGGCAAGCAUUCUGUUCUGGGGUUACGCCAUUUUGAGUUUGCCCGUCAGUAUUAUCGUAGUUUCCGCUGCGAUUUACGUUUUACAAUGGGCCAACCCACCUAAUUGA